UUUUCAAAUCGAAGCUUCUCCCUUCUCCAUCGCGAGCUUCGAGCUCCACCACGAGCUCGAUCUCCACCACGAGCUCUCCAUCUCUGAGCUCUCUCUCUCUCUCUCUCUUCUUUUUUUUUUUUCAAAUCGGAGAUCUCCACCACGAGCUCAAGCCGCUUCAAGAGAUUGGGAUUUUCGGAGAUUUCGCACUCAAUCGCCUUCUCCGGGCGAUUUCUCACUUGGAUCUACACACGAUUCCACGAUCGGGACAAGUUUAAAGAACAGUGGAAAUGAUUCGAAUUACGCAACUCAAUCUUAAGAGAAGCUUCUUAAGACAUGAUAACCAAAUUCAAGAAUCACCCAUGGCUAUAUUUCUCCACCACUUCCUGCCACCCUCUCCCUCCAUCACUUUUCCCUCAUUUCCAAAUCCAACAGCAAGUCAAUGACCUUCUCAGCAGCCUCUGUAAGCAGAAGCGUUUUCAUGAAGCUCUUCGAGCAUUCAACUCCCUUCAAACCCAAGGAUCCACCUUCCGUCUCCUCCCCAGCACCUACGCCCAUCUCUUCUUUGCCUGCUCCCACCUCAAAUCCAUUCACCAUGGCCGCCUUGUUCACCGCCACCUCUCUGCCUCUAGUAUGCGUCCUGAUAUUGUCUUGAGCAACCACAUCCUCAACAUGUAUGGCAAAUGCGGCUUCAUGGAAGAAGCCCGCAAACUGUUCGAAGAAAUGCCUGAGAUAAAUAUUGUGUCUUGGACAUCCAUGAUUUCUGGGUUCUCCCAAAACUGUAGGGAGAACGAGGCUGUGGACUUGUAUAUUCGAAUGCUAAGAUCGGGAUUAGCUCCCGACCAAUUUGCAUUGGGGAGUGUGGUGAGAACCUGCGCGGGCCUAUUGAAUUUUCUGCUGGGGAGGCAGCUCCAUGGCCAUGCAGUGAAAUCAGGUUACGGGUCUGACCGUAUUGUUCAAAAUGCACUAGUGACAAUGUACUCCAGGGCUGAUAGCAUUGAUGAUGCUUCUCUUAUAUUCCGAAGGAUUUUAGAUAAGGAUUUAAUCUCUUGGGGCUCGAUGAUAGCGGGUUUUGCUCAGCAGGGUUUUGAAUUGAAUUCUUUGUACCUCUUUAAGGAAAUGAUCAAUAGCGGCGGUUGCUCUCCAAAUGAGUUCCAUUUUGGUAGCGCAUUCAGUGCUUGUGGCAAUAUAAACCAAUUGGAGUUUGGUCAGCAGUUGCAUGGUCUCUGUUUUAAGCUUAGGCUUGAUACUGACGCAUUUGCUGGAUGUUCCUUGAGUGACAUGUAUGCGAGAUGUAGAAAUUUGUAUUCUGCAAAGAAAGCAUUUUAUCAGAUUGAUAUGCCAGAUUUAGUCUCGUGGAAUUCCAUAAUAGGUGCUUAUUCUAAUGCGGGUCUUGUUGACGAAGCAAUUGUAUUGUUUUUGGAGAUGAGAUGGCUAGGCUUGAAGCCUGAUGAUAUUACUGUUCGGUGCUUGCUGUGUGCAUGUUCAGACUACUCUUCUUUGUAUCAGGGUCAGUUGGUCCACUCUUACCUUCUAAAGGUGGGCUUGGAUGCAGAUGUUUCCGUCUGCAACGCUCUACUUUCCAUGUAUACGAGGUGUUCUGAUAUUUUUACUGCACUGAAUCUCUUCGAAGAAAUAAAAGCUCAUGAUCUUAUUUCUUGGAAUAGUAUUCUAACAGCAUGUGUACAGCACCGACAAUUAGAAGAGGCUUUUCAGUUGUUCAAAUGUAUGCGCAGCUCCAUGAAGGAUUUGGACCACAUCACCUUAAAUACAAUAUUGAGUGCUUGUGCUGACUUAGCCUCCUUCGACAUAGGGAAACAUAUUCAUGCAUAUUCAUUUAAAGUUGGAUUAGAGACAGACAUAAUGGUGAGGAACGGUUUAAUCGAUGCUUAUGCAAAAUGCGGAAGCUUAGAUGAUGCCAGAAAACUGUUUGAAAUGAUGGGCAAUAACCGUGAUGUAUUUUCGUGGAGCAGUUUGAUUGUUGGAUAUGCUCAAUUUGGCUAUGUAAAGGAAUCUCUUGAGUUGUUUGCACUUAUGCGAAGCUUGCAUGCCUGCAGGUCGACUCUAGAGGAUCCCCGGCACAUCCCCUUUUCGCCAGCUGGCGUAAUAGCGAAGANUUGA